CGACUCGGUCCCUUUUUUUCUCUUUCGCACUUGUUUUGCUUGCUUCGUCCAACUCUAGACUCACAUUCGUUAACCCUCCUUUGACUCUUUCGGUUCUAUUAUCGCUGUAACGCGCUUCUCUUUCCGCUUUAUUCUUAAUCACGUCUUUCCCCCUGGCCUCCGCGCGGUUCAACCAAAGCAGCCUCUCACGGCCGCGACCUUUUGAUUUUCAACGCUUCCUGUCUGAUCAAGCUCGCGCUCUCAAAAUGAGCAGCUCCGAAGAGAAAGUAAGAACCUCCGGCGAGGUCUCUCGCCCGGAACCUACUCUGCCUACCGUCAACCCUGCCGUCGACAAGCCAGAACCCCCGAAGCCGACCUUCCACCCUGCCGUCUAUGUUACUUCCUGGAUUGCCCUGAGUUCAAGUGUUAUCCUGUUCAACAAGCACAUCCUUGACUAUGCUCAGUUCCGAUUCCCUAUCAUCCUUACAACAUGGCAUCUGGCGUUCGCGACUUUCAUGACGCAGGUUCUCGCUCGCACUACAACCCUCCUUGACGGCCGCAAGACCGUCAAGAUGACUGGUCGUGUCUACCUCCGCGCCAUUGUCCCUAUCGGUCUCUUCUUCAGUCUGAGUUUGAUCUGCGGUAACGUUACAUACUUGUACCUAAGUGUUGCAUUUAUCCAAAUGCUCAAGGCCACCACUCCUGUUGCUGUUCUGCUUGCCACUUGGGGUAUGGGCAUGGCACCCGUCAACCUCAAGGUUCUUACAAACGUCAGCGUCAUUGUCUUCGGUGUCAUCAUCGCCUCUUUCGGUGAGAUCAAGUUUGUCUUCAUCGGUUUCCUCUUCCAGAUUGCCGGUAUCAUCUUCGAGGCCACCCGAUUGGUCAUGGUGCAGCGCCUGCUCAGCUCCGCGGAGUACAAGAUGGACCCUCUUGUCUCCCUUUACUAUUUCGCUCCGGUCUGCGCUGUCAUGAACGGUGUCACUGCUCUGUUCCUUGAGGUUCCUACCCUGACUAUGGACCACAUCUACAACGUCGGCGUCUGGACUCUCCUGGCCAACGCCAUGGUCGCCUUCAUGCUGAACGUCUCCGUUGUCUUCCUGAUCGGAAAGACUUCUUCUUUGGUCAUGACCCUUUGCGGUGUCCUUAAGGAUAUCCUUCUUGUUGUCGCCUCCAUGGUCAUCUGGAACACUCCUGUCACCGCCCUCCAGUUCUUCGGUUACUCGAUUGCCCUCAUUGGUCUCGUCUACUACAAGCUCGGUGGCGACAAGAUCAAGGAAUACACCAGCCAGGCUAACCGUGCCUGGGCUGAAUACGGUGCCACUCACCCCGCUCAGCGCCGCUUUGUGAUCAUUGGUGCUGCUCUCCUUAGCUUCUUCUUGCUCGUUGGCUCCAUGGCACCCAGCUACGCUCCCGAUUCCGUUGCCAACGUCAAGGGCAUGCUUGGCGGUGCCAGUACUGGCAAUGCUUAA